AUGUCCGUGCCCGCUUCCGUCUCCGCCGCGGCUACGGUGCCCUCAGCGGCCGCGCACCGCUCGCGCGAGACCACAGCGUACGACUUCGCGCGCUACGCCUCCGUCAUCGAUUGGACCCCCACCUCGCUCCUCAUCCGCGGCAAGCCGGUCGCCCUCCUCUCGGCCGAGUUCCACUACUUCCGCGUGCCGGACCGCGUGAGAUGGCGCCCCAUCCUCCUGGAUAUCAAGGCCAUGGGCUUCAACGCCGUGCGCCUCUAUAUACACUGGGGCUACCACUCCCCCGCCGAGGGCGUGUACAACUUCCGCGGGAAUCGCGACAUCGACUUUCUCCUCGCCCUGUGCGCGGAGCUGCAGCUGUUCGUCAUAGCCGCCCCCGGCCCGUACAUUUGCGCAGAGGUACAGGCUGGUGGCUUUCCCAUCUGGCUCAUCGCCAAGAGGCACCUCCGCGUCCGCCACAUGUCGCUGCCGCCGCUGGGGCUAGUGAAGAAGUGGGACCACGCCUUCCACGCGUACUGCGUGGAGUACAUGCGGAAGAUACUGUCGUUCCUGGUCAAGUAUGAGCUCACGACAAACCCGAACGGCUGCAUCAUCGCCCUGCAGAUUGAGAACGAGCUGCGCCAGCCGCCGGUGCUAGGCGUCGGCGGCCUGGACCAGGAGAUCCGCCUGAUGUGCGAGGUCGCGCGCCAGGCGGGUUCCACCGUCCCCAUCUUCCAUAACGACGACAGCCCCAUCGGCUCAUGGUCCGCCGGUGACGACUACCGCUCCGCGCGGAAGCUCUUCAUGAAGACGGGGCGCAAGGCUUACCGCACAGACUUGUACGGCUUCGACUUGUACUUCACCUUCCCGCCGGGCGACCGCUCCGGCGACCUCUCCUCCAUCCAGGUCGGCAUGCUCGAGCUCUUUGGCGUCUCGGCCUGUCUGAAUUGCUGCGGGAUCGGGGGGGCUGGCGUGGGGGGGUCGGACACUGCCUGCUUGUCAUGCCUGUAUGAGAACGGCUCGCGCCGCGCGCCGCCGCCCAGGCUCGCUUGGGCUGCCACUAAGCAAAUGGAGAACGCCGUCGACUCCUUGGAGAAGAAGCUCAACGGCUUCAACGGCAGCGCCAGACAUGCCCCGGCCUUUGUCGCAGAGACGCAGGUCGGCUGGAUUAACCAGUGGGGCCGCUUCCGCACGUACGAUGACAUCUACAACUUCUUCGGUGACUGGUUUUCCGCCACCCUGCAAAACUCGCUUCUCGCACAGGGCGUCACGUUUGCAAACCAUUACAUCGCAUAUGGCGGUACCAACCAUGGCACAGUCGGCGAUACCGAAGUGUAUUCGUCGUACGACUACUCGGCCUUCAUUCGCGAGUUUGGAAUGCUGAGUAAGCGCGGACGCGUGCUGAGACAUGUCAUGCUAUUUGCACGCAGUUUUGCGGAGAGGGGGCUCUCCGACUCAGUUUUGUCCGAGGCCGGAGGUCGUGGGAGAUCCACGACCUUGUCGCGCGUCAAAGCCACCGUGCCCACGGCAUUGCUGGCGGUGCGGAGGCCGAAUGGGAACGGUACACCUGCCGCUUCGGCCGUGCCGAACUAUGCGUUUUUGCGCAAUCUCAAGGUAGAAAACUUGAGGUUUAAUCUUCUUGUGGAUGGCAUGGUGUUGCCGUGUCAACUUACCAGGUGCGAGAGUAUGGUCGCGCCUUUGUACUAUAAUCUGGAUGGUUCCAACCUCUCAAUUUUUGCGUGCACAGUUCCGGUCGUGUGCAGAACGACAUUGGAUGGAAAUGAGAUGUGGGUUUUGCGAGUGCGCCCUGGGGAGGUGGGGCACCUUGUUCUUAAAACCGGAGCGGAAUCGGGGAGGGGGAGACAGGGUGUUGCUGUGAAAUGGGCAAAGCUGUCGUCUCAGGGUCAGGGUUCAGGUGGCGUGUCGAGUGGCGAGGUGUCUGCAACGGAUCAAGACCAUGGCGCUGCCACAUCCCUUUUGUCCGCCGCGCUGGAGGAACUUCCGCUUUCGGGGCAAACCGUUCAAAGAGACGACCAAAAUCCGUUCGCAGUGCGUACAAGCACGGAGGAUGUUGGUCUCUGCUUUACAUUCUCGUUCAACGUAGAGACCUCUUCCGUAUUAGCGAUUAGAGACCUGAGCGAAGACGGGUCCUCAUCCCCCGUAUUACGGCUGUUAUGUCUGACGGAUGAAGAUUCGUUGACUUUCACUGCGGACUUGAAUGGAAACGACAUUUUCAAACCUACUCCCAAUGCUCCGGGAUUUGCGGCAGCAUGGGGUGUAAGCAGGAUCGCUUUUGAGCCGUCGGGUGUGAUGGACGUCGGUUUUCGAGCAACAGAUCAAGGAAAGACCUUGUUCUUGCUUCGAGAAGAUGGCGUCGGAAUGACACCUGAACAGUUUGAUAAGUGCCCAUCAGCUGUAUCAUCACUGCUCCCAGGCUUGGUGGCGCAUCGCGUUCCUGAAGAUUCCGUUUCAAUGACAGUAAGGCAGAGUGUGGACAAUGUGAACCCGCUUUCCAAAGAUUUCGAAAUUGAAUUAGGCAGCUGGUCAAAGCGAAUUAUCGAUUGGGAAGAUGACGUCGUGUGGAAGAGGAUAUCUUAUGACCAGAGAGAUCCACUUGACCAUUAUAUGACCAGUGGCCAUAUAGCGUAUCGAAUGCGCUUUCGGUCGUCAUCCAAGUCAGGUUCCCUCACCAUAAACGUACGCCAUUCCGCUGUGAUUUGGUGCAACGGAAAGUCAGUCGGAGGCCAAGUCUGCUUUUCUCAUAACACAAUCUCUGCCGGAGCAAUGCAUGCCGUCGAUUUGCAACACGCCGGGAAGAAGACACACGAUUUGAGUGAGGCCCUGCGUACUGGUCCGGAUGCGAAUGGCUUCCAUAACGUCGUGAUUCUGGUCUUGAGUCUGGGCCAAAGCCGUUCGCCGUUUCUACUCAAUGACGUGCGGAACAGAAGAGGGUUGCUUUCCGCACGUCUGUCCCGGCGGACGAAGGCUAGAGACAUCACAUGGGAACUUGCAGGUGUUGAUGUCACUCGCUCAGAUGAUGCCUACGGGAUGUCGGGCUUGCCUCUAGAAUCAGAUGUCAACACCGCCGCAUAUGACGUUGGGUUUUCAACUUCACCAUCGUUAGACGUUACCCGAAAUGAUGGUCUCGUUUUCUAUAGGAACUCCUUCCGGGUGCCACCCAACUCUAUUCUCGGAGGUUCCGUCCGGUAUCCUCUGCGGAUAAGGGUAGUCUCUGGAGCCCAUGUCAGAGUCAUGAUUUGGGUUAACACGCUAUUCAUGGGGCGGUAUGUGGAAGACCUCGGGCCACAAUCGGACUUUUACGUUCCGGAAGGCUUAAUCAAGGACUACAAGGGAAAUUCAAUCGUUUUAGGAGUAUACGGGCCCGUCGAUACCGACUUGUCCGUCAAAAUUCUCCCUUGGGUAGUCAACCCGGUAUCAGGUAAUCUGGAUGACACGAACGGAGAAGUUUACGCUCUGAAAGUCUCAAGCUUUCAACUUGAUUCGCCAAAAGGAAUUUGA